CUUCUCCGAUCGCGACAAUUACACAUGGAGGAGUGUCUAGACUCGAGGAGAAACGAGAAACGACGACGACGACCUAGAGGAGACUUUCCCGAAGCUCCGCCGCUGCUCACGCCAGACGCUCCGCUCUACUCUACUCAAACUAGCAGUGAUUCUUCCAGCUUCCACUCUCUCUCAAACUCCCUCCACCCCCCUCUCCUCUCCCGAGAGUCGGAGUCAACUUCUUUUGGUUUUGGCGCUGUGUAAUCUGCGUUCGUUCUCCUCAGCCAGCCUCUCUCUAACUCCGACCUCUGACUUGCUUGCGCAUCGGUGAGUUCCGGCCGCUGUGCUGACGACUUCUGCUCGUAUGGACCACUUUAGCUGCUCUCCCUACGCCAGCUAGUGCGAAUGCGUACCUAUCUUGAUUCUCCUCGCGCAGCCGGCCUGACGCCGACAUUGCUGGCUGGCUGGCUGGCUGGCGGAAGUGAUGGUGGUGUUGGACGUCGACGAGCAGCAGCGACUCGCCAGCGAGUGGGAAGGUGGACCCGCUCUCCUCGUCUGCCCCGUCCGACCAGCCGAAGACGAAAGACGAAGAACGAAGGACGACGACGACUUUUUUUUCACGCUCGUUCGGAUGAGUAUAGCUCACUUUGGCUCUCCGAAGCGAUACAGAUUCGCCGCCUUGCCCGAUCGGGGCGACAAAUGUUUUCUAAUCGCUUUUUUCUCCUUUCUGCCCCACACCACCACCACCACCACCACCACCACCACCUCCACCACCUCCACCAAAUCCCACCCGAACACCCUCCACCAGGAGCACUGUUGCCGAUGAAUGGACGGAUGGUGGAUGGUGGUGGAUGGAAGGUGGGUGGAUGCGUGAUGCGACGCUCACGAAUCACGACACCAUCCUACCUACCACGGGAACCGGAGGAUCGACACUCUCGAGUACCGUAUAUUAUCGACUCAUAAAAAUAUUCCUCACGCAAAAUGCCCAAUGCGCACUCCACGGCACACCUCAGCACGUCUACAGGACUCUAGUAAGUACCGGUACUUUACAAAUGGAUAGUC